UCCUAAUAUAACAAAGCCAAAUGUCAUUUCGAUUCCAAUUCAAUUCGAUUCCUUAAUCCACUGAAGAAGUAUGAAUUCAAUUUCGAUUCGAUUCCUCGAUCUCCUCUUGUAACUGUUGUUUCUGAUAACACAAACCAAAGAGUAACAGUUGCUGAAAAACGUCCUUUUGUUUAAUUUUGUCAAAGUGGGUGGAAUUUCUUUUGUGUACAUGUAUGCAAACCUUCUUGCAAAUAAGUUCGGACGCGCGUGUUCACAUUUUGUUAAUAUGGGUUUAGUUCACAUAUUCAAGUUGGUGUGCAUCAUCACAACUUGUCGGCUAAAAGAGAGUCACCGUCGAAUUUGACCCUCUAUUAGUUCUUUCUCUCUGUCCGUUCUGUGUUGGCUUUCAGCUGGUAUAGCUUUAAACAAAUUUAAAUAAAACUACAAGCAUAACAAUGUAAAUAAACUGGAUUUUGUUUGUGAAACACACGAAAAAAUUUCUUUUUCAUUUUAAACAUAGUAAGUGCAUACUAAUACUAUACAUAAAUGAUAAUCUCGGGAAUAGUCCUGAUACCGAUCAAUUGAAAAUUCAAUCAAUACACGGAACUUUUACUCUUAAUUCUAAAGCAACAAUUAUGACCGCCUCUGAAAAAUUAAAUUAAAAUAACAAUAAAAAGUUGAUCAUCGAUUUUAAAGAAAAAUUAAUUUCACUAAACAAAAUAUUGUCAACAAAACAAUGAAAAACUGUGAAUUUGACAACCUGGAUGACGAAACAUUCGAUGAUAAGACAACUAAAACAUAUGAUGAAAAUAAAAAGUAAAAUAUUAAAACAUUUUAUAUGAAGAGUAAUGUGUGUCAUUUCGUACAAGAAACUACAAUAUGUUUAUGUUCUUGAGCAUAUACUUUAUCAAAAGUUGAAUUCUGUACUUAUUCUUUAAAUCAUAAGACCCAUAAUAUGUAAAUGGUCCAUGAAUUUAAGGUAUUUGGGUGCAUAUUACAAUGAAACAAUAAAACUACAGUAAAAUAUGAUAAAAAACGACCUUAUCCUUUUUAAGUAAAAUUGCUAAAAAAGUUAUGUUUGGUAGAGAAGUUUAUUAAAAGUAAACUACAAUUAUAUAUACGCGUGGUUAAUUGGAUAAUUCUCGAAACUUAUUUUUGUGUACUACUGUUAACAACCUUUAAAAUGAGCCAUGCAUAAAAAAUAUCGACAGAAUCAUAGUGAAAUUGAGAAGCGGAGGCGAGAUAAAAUGAAUACAUACAUUAACGAGCUUUCUUCAAUUAUUCCCAUAUGCAAUACAAUGCAUAGAAAGCUGGACAAAUUAACUGUUCUUCGUAUGGCCGUGCAGCAUCUCAAAAGUGUUCGUGGAACUGUUAAACCUUUCUAUGAAUGCACAUAUCAACCCGCUUUUCUUUCGGAUCAGGAGCUUAAGGAUUUGAUUUUACAAGCUGCAGAUGGGUUUGUUUUUGUCGUAGGGUGCGACAGAGGGCGAAUUUUAUUCAUUUCAGAAUCAGUCUCAUCUGUUCUCAAUUGUACGCAAAAUGACUUGCUUGGUCAGAGUUGGUUUGAUAUUCUUCACCCAAAAGACGUGGCAAAAGUGAAGGAACAACUUUCAUCCAUGGAACCAGGACCUCGAGAUCGUUUAGUAGACGCUAAAACAAUGCUCCCAGUAAAGAGUCAAGCACCACAGGGCAUUUAUCGACUUUGCUCAGGGGCAAGAAGAUCUUUUUUUUGCCGAAUGAAGCUGCAAUUACCUAAAAGGCAAAUCAAGGAUGAAUCAGAUACGUCUUCGAGUUCAAUCAGUUCAAAUAAAAAGAAAUCCAAACUAACAACUAGCAAAAAGUAUCGUGUUUUUCAGUGUACUGGUUAUCUUAAGUCCUGGAUACCUAUUAAACUUGAGGAAAGAGAAGGAGAUGCAGACGAACAACUUACAAAUAUGUCAUGCCUCGUUGCUGUAGGUAGGAUUCAGCCAAAUAUUUUGGAAGCUAAUAUUCCAUCGUCGUUGGAUAAUCAUCCGAACAUUCGACAGUUGUUAUUCAUCUCCAGACAUUCAGUAGAUGGAAAGUUUAUAUUUAUCGAUCAAAGGUCCACACUUGUGAUUGGUUUCCUGCCUCAAGAGCUACUUGGAACAAGUUUCUAUGAGUAUUUUCAUCAUGAAGAUAUACCAGCCCUUGCAGAAUCUCACAAAACGGUUUUACAAAAUUCUGAGAAAGUAAUAACACAAGUUUACAGGUUCAGGUGUAAAGAAAAUCGAUUCAUUCAACUGCAAAGUGAAUGGAAAGCUUUUAAAAAUCCGUGGACGCUAGACAUUGAUUACAUAAUAGCAAAAAAUACAGUGUUUUUAUAAUGUAUAUUAAUAAAACGAAAAUAUUAUAUUGCUAGUUGGUUCAGGCUAA